GAAGAGAAUGAGAUUUCUAAGCUUGAGAAAAGGAGAUAUAAAAAAAUGUGGUAAUUAGGGAUAAUCGAAGCUUCAGAGUAAUGUGAAUUAGGAUCCCCCCCUCUCUUUUGGUUGUUUUGAAGUUUUCGUCAGAGAUCGGGUUUUGUCGAAAUUACCGGGAGCGAAAUAAUCGGGUCGGAUUUUAGAUUCACUCGAGAGAAUAGUUUUUUGUACGGCACAAUCUCUAAAAUGGUGUUCAGGGAUUCACUUAAGAAGCCCAAUAUGGAAGUAGAAGGGGCAGAAAAUGAAUCACCAGUAAUGGCUGGUUUGCAAGGUCAUGUCUCAUUGCCGCCUCCAGUAUCUCUCAACCACACUUCAAGAAUUUCGCAAGAUGAUUGGCAUCUGCUGGCAUAUAUUCUCUCGGCUAAUAAGACUAAUCGGAAAGGUAUUGGGCAAGUUUUACUAGACAAGGAAGUGCAUGCUCUAACUUCCAGCUAUAUAGGAUCAAAUGGAAAAAAGCCUAAAAUUAUGGCAGGAUCCCAAGAAAAUCAUGGUGGACAAGGGUCAGAUAAUAGUUUCAUUCCAGGUCUUAAUGAUGACAUGGCACUGGACAUUCUGGCCUGGAGCAGCAGAUCUGAUUACCCAAAUAUGGCCUGCUUAAACAGAAAAUUUAGGUCACUUAUUGGGAGUGGAUAUUUAUAUAAACUGAGACGUCAGCUUGGCAUAAUUGAACACUGGGUUUAUUUAGCCUGUAACAUGAUGCCCUGGGAAGCUUUUGAUCCUAUGAAACAGAAAUGGAUGAGACUACCUAGGAUUCCAUGUGAUGACUGUUUUACUAGUGCUGAUAAGGAGUCUCUGGCAGUGGGGACUGAGUUACUUGUGUUUGGUCGUGAGUUAUCUGGAUUUGCUAUUUGGAUGUAUAGCUUGGUCACUCAUAAUUGGUCUAGAUGCCCUCUAAUGAAUUUGCCUCGAUGUUUGUUUGGUUCUAGCAGCCUUGGGGAGAUUGCCAUUGUAGCUGGGGGAAGUGAUAAGAACGGAAAUGUUCUACAAUCUGCUGAGCUCUACAAUUCUGAGCUUGGUACUUGGCAAACAUUGCCAGAUAUGAACUUACCUCGGAAGCUGUGUUCGGGUUUUUUUAUGGAUGGGAAAUUUUAUGUCAUUGGGGGCAUGUCCAGUCAUACAGAUUGUUUGAGUUGUGGUGAAGAGUACAAUAUCGAGACAAGAUCAUGGAGGAGGAUAGAAAAUAUGUACCCUGGUUACAAUGCGGGUACAUUUCAUCCUGCUAUGCGUUCACCUCCUCUAGUUGCUGUCGUGAAUAAUCAGCUUUACUCUGCUGAUCAAGUGACUAAUGAGGUCAAGAAAUAUAACAAGGUUAAUAACUCCUGGAAUGUUGUGAAGAGACUACCUGUUAGAGCUGACUCUUCCAAUGGUUGGGGACUUGCAUUUAAAGCUUGCGGCAAAAAUUUACUAGUAAUAGGAGCUGGAGGACAUGGAGGGCGUGAUGAUGGAAUAAUUAUUCUACACUCUUGGGAUCCAGAGGAGGGAAACAGGGACGGACCAGAGUGGAAUGUGCUUGCAUUCAAGGAGCGAGCAGGUGCAUUUGUAUCCAACUGUGCAGUAAUGGGUUGUUAAUGAUUCGCCAACAUCUUUAUAUACUCAGUGUCUUUAACUUGUUAUUGUUUUUCAUUUUCCCAUUUAUGGAUAUUCAGAAGAAUAAUUGAACACCUCAAAUCAAUUUCUGAAAGUUGGCAACUGAUCUCAUAACCAAAAGAUUUGACCUCAUAUCAUCAAGCAAUUUCUGUUGCCAUUUCUCCUGUACUUUGGCAUCAAAUUCAUAUCUUGGAAUGUUACAGUGAAUUCACCGUUC